CAAAUAUGACAGUAUUAGUUCAAUACAAAUUACUCCAGUACUCAAGUACCAUAACACCAAGUAUCAGAACAAUCAGAGAAACAUUUUAAAGCACUCUGCAUCCAGUGUUACUUUAUUCCCAGGAUGGUGCACAGCUGAAUUUUAAUUGUCUUUCCUUCCAGACAUCAAAACUCUGCAUUCCAAAAUACUCAAAAUAUGCCAGCACGGCAGCUAUGCUUCCUGAAAGCUACACCAUGAUUUAGGACAGGAUUUCGCAUAGGAACCAUGUCCCUAAUGGCAUCUUUUGAGAUGCUGUUCCCUUUUUUCCUGUGUAGGGUAUGAAGAUUCUGCACAAAGAAUUGCUCCCGCCUCUCUCCUGGUGAAAGUUUGUCCUAUGCUUCUCCUUACAAUGGAGAGCUCCUCUUUUCCCAACAGAAAGUGUUGAUUAAAGUUAUAAAAAGAAUUAGAGAUUUCCAACUGAUUAACCAUGUGAUUACCUAUUGAUGGCCAGGAAACAUUAGUAAGAGCAAACUCCUUCUCUUUACUUAUUACCAUCUGUAAACAUUUGGUGCGUUGGCUUCUCACACCACAUAUUUAAUCGCAUCUAAAAAUCUCAUGAGGGAGGAUCCCUAUUGUUUCCUAUUUAUGCAGCCUUACAGCUUUUCAUUUAUUUAUUUAAAGAAUAGUAAUUGCAGGACCAAGGCAGUUGGAAAUGGCUGUGGCAUGUAAACUGCAUUGUGAGCAAAAUGCCCAUAUAUGACUUGAUUAAUCUAGCUUCAAUCUAGUUUAUUGUGAAUCUGCUCAAAUUCCUCUACACGUGUGUCAGCACUUCCACUGUAAGUAGCUUAGAGACCCCAACUAGCAUUAUUUUACAAGAUAAUUCACUUUCUUAAAUCAUAUUCUGAUGGUCCGAGAAGACUGUACCUGCAAGAGGUCCUGGCAUUUACAGGAGGAUGAAGGAUCUUUCAACUAAAGAAAGGACCGAAGAAGCCGUACACUGAAAACUGAACUUAAGUUUGUUUACACCAGUAGCUCUCACCACGGUUUGGGUUGAAGUAUUUUGUUCAGUGCAUUACAGCUCAGCCGCAUCACCAGUGUAAAGUAUUAGCCAAGCUUUCAGCAAACCAUCCUCUCUCUCAUGAUUACGUUGACAAACAAAAUGUAACUCUGUAUCCUGUUACCAUGGUAACGGCAGCGGGAAGACCCUGUGUCUGGGCACCAGGCAUUCAGUUGGCUGGGCUGAGUUAGACUUUAUCAGUUCACGUUUAAUGUUGUUCAACGCCAAAAUCCUGCAAACUACCUACUGAAAUUAAAAUAAUUGCCUCUAAGUGUUUGUACUGUGCUAUAUUUGAACAGCUACUAUGGCUGAAAGGCAUUUCUUUCAUUACAGAGAAACACUUUAGCACCAUUGAAUCAGAGAGUUCACACUGAACCUCAGGGCAAACAUUUCUGGGGCAGGAUCAGACAGUCUCUGCUGUCAUUAGGACCUGUGCGUGUGGGAGGUGUCACCACCACGGGUCUCUGCGUGACACCCCCCGGCUCUGCAGCUGAACAUCCUCCUCUCCCCCCAGGUGUGAUAAGUCUGCACCGAGUUCAGUUCAGUUCUGACCUUAAACCCGGAACAGCCCAAGCGCACAUGCUUUGUUCCUUCGGUUCUCUCUUCAGAGCUGAGCUCCUACUGGCUGGACUCUUUCUGCAUUACAAGUCACUGGUAAAUCACAAAGCCACCACUAGCACCGAAACCAAAGAUUAUUGGUCAUCAUUCUCCAGUAGCUGUCUCCAAAUUUUCUCCCUCACUGCCCAGGGCUGAUAUUCUUCAUAACCCCAACUCUAUGUCUAGGGGUCCCAAACCACCUAUUGCUCCCAAGCCAAAAUUCUCCUCAUCUGACAGUGAGUGCAAAUCCAGUGUUUAUACCAACAAUAGCUUAAAUAAAUGCUCAAAUGGGAAACUGGUAUGUCUUGAUGGAGAGCUGUAUGAAGGAAAUCAAUGCAAUGCUGACUGCCCAGAAUCUGAGGCAGAUAAUGAAUACAUUGUAGUUCCUGAUGCUCAGCUGACCAGCAAAGACUGUAAUGACUUGGAAUGUGAGCAUGAUCAAAACCUAGACUCCUCUGUGGAAAAUGAAGUCUCAGAACCUCCAGAAGAGAUAGAGAAGGAAGAGGCUAACAUUGCUAAUGCUGAGGAUACCGGUAAUCAAGAAGUCACCCAAGAUGAGCAUCAUAACUCUUCAGAUAUUGCUGAACCAAUGGAACCAGACUCUUCAGAGUCAACCACAGACUGUGACCAGUCCAAAGCACUUUGUGAGGAGUCCUCAGACACCCCUGAUGGGGACAGUGAUGCUUCCAAGAAUGUAGAUGAGGAUGUUGUAGGCCAUUGUGGUGAAACCAAAAACAAGGAGGAAACUUCUAACAACCUGGAACUGGUUAAGAACAAGAGUGAUUGUAAGACUGACGGUGAUAACAUUUUGAAUAGAGAUAAUGAAGUAAUGGGUGAUAUCUGUCAAGAUUCCAUUGUAAUGCCACUACCAACAGAUGAAUCAAUCCCAGACUCUGGGAACACAGGGCAGGAGGAGGAGGAACUGCCUAAGACUUCAGAAAAGGGAGAUGGGUGUCUAGCAGAUGAUGGCAACCACAGCAUGCAUGCAGAGCUUGAUUUGAACAUGGAAGGGGAAUUAGAAAGUAGUGACUGUGCAAGCCCUGACAUGUUGCCUGAUGAGACCAGUGAAGAAACAGCUGCUGGCUUGGAACUGCAUGAAGAUGAACCCAAUCCUGAAAAUGGUUCAGGAGAGUCCAUUCAUCAAGCAGUAGCUGAAGAGGAGAAAGCAGAACUAGAUGAGCACAAUAAUACGAAUGUGGGAAAUGCCAGUGAUGGCUGCCAGAUCACGGAGGGGAGUGGUGAGGAGACAGGGGUAGCCUGUGAAGCAAGCCAAGACUCUGGGAAAGGGGAGGAAGAAACUGUGCAUGCAGAGAAUACGGAUGAUGGCUGUCAGAUUGCUCCUUGUGAGAAUGAAUGUAGUGAGGAAUUAUCCACCGAACAGUCAGAUGAGACUCUUCAAACAGAAGGGACUUCUCUGGAUGAAGAUGGUGUGAUCUCCGGUAGUCCACCCAGCAGUCCAGGGAUGGAACCAGAGCUGGAAGAUGUGACUGUUGAAGAGCACAGUGAAAGUACUGUGGAAACCUCUAAGUCACAUGAGCUGCACCUUGAAGACAAUGAGGUGGAAGCAAACAGCCUCAGCAAAAGCCUCCCAAGUCCACCUCAACAGACCCCACUUGAGGAAGAGUUAGAAGUCUGUGAGCAUGACAAUAUGAAUGUAGAAUGUGAGACCAAACAUAACCUGCACAAAAGUCAAGCAGUCCCUGAAGUGGUCAUUGUGCCUGAAGAAUCAGAGGAAAGAGAAAUCAGCAGUGAUUCCCUAGAUGACCCUUAUGUGCUUCCCGCAGAGAAUGAAAUUGCUCAUGAUGGACAGACUGAUUUAGGAGCUGAUCACAGUACAAGGGAUGAAUUAGGCACAGAUGGGGAAAACAGCUUGCUGCCCAUUGACCGUAAAAGCAUUGUUACUAGAACACGGUCACUCUCUGGGAAAAUGCCGGGCUAUGUUCCAGAAACAGUUCCUGAAGAAACUGGACCUGAAACUGAUUUACCAUCUUGUCGCAAUGGCUCCAGGACAGAAGAUUUAAGCAAUAAAUUAUUUUCAGUGGACGGAAAACCAGCAGAAGCCAAUAGGGCAUUACCAACCAAGUCGAGACGUUUCAUUUUAUAUCCUCGAUCUUAUUCUGUUGAAGGGAGAGAGAUGCCAGUCUCUGUUUACAGAGAAAGUGAUGGCUGCAUCCUGGAUGAUGGCAGAAUAAGAAAGACAGAAGACAACUUGUCUUUGCCUUGUGUCAAUGGUUCCUCAGGUAGUUUUUCCCAGAGAAAUCAUCUUUCAUCAUGUGGCAUAUGUACUCCAUCCUCAGCUGUUGAUAUACCACCUCCUUUUGAACUUGCCUACAUCACCAAAAAGCCGAUCACUAAAAGUUCCCCUUCACUUUUGAUAGAGAAUGACUCACCUGAUAAGUAUUCCAAGAAAAAGAAAUCUUCCUUUAAGAGGUUCCUCACUCUAAAAUUCAAGAAGAAAACUGAAAGUAAAGUCCAUGUAGAUGUCAAUGUUUCUUCUUCAAGGUCCUCAUCAGAGUCUAGCUAUCAUGGGCCUCCAAGGCUGAUGGAGCUGGACAGGAGGAGCCUAAGUAGCUCACCUCAACUAAAAUCACAUGUGGGGAAGCUCCGUGCAUCUGAGUCUCCUUCAGCCAUUCUUUUCUACAAGGAUGGUAAAAGGAAAGGAACACCCAAGUCCUUCAGCAGGACUGUGUCAAGGGUGGAGUCCUUUGAGGACCGGUCCAGACCUCCUUUCAUGCCACUCCCAUUAACAAAACCUCGGUCCAUCUCUUUUCCAAAUGCUGACACGUCUGACUACGAGAACAUUCCUGCUAUGAGCUCUGACUAUGAAAACAUACAAAUCCCUCCUCGAAGACCCACAAGAGCAGGAACUUUUACGGAGUUUUUUGAAGACCCCAGCAGGGCGUUAUCUGCUGCUAAUGAGAACGACGGCUAUGUGGAUAUGAGCAGCUUCACUGGCUUUGAGAACAAGCAGCAAGCCACGGACCAGGAAACUGAAAGUGCCUACACCGAGCCCUACAAGGUGUGCCCGCUCUCUGCCGUACCCACCGAGCUCGUCACCUCGGACGAGGAGCAGAAGAGUUCCGAAGAGGAGGGCGGCCCGGCUGACCCCAGCCUCGGCAACAAGAAAGAAGGCCGGUGCAGAGCUCACCUCAUUGCCCAGGAGCUGAUGUCUUCAGAGAAAGCAUACGUGGAGAUGCUCCAGCUGCUAUGUACGGAUUUCUAUGAAGUUAUCUUGAAAGUGCUUGGAGAUGAAGAUGAACAUGAACAGGAGGAAGUUAAACUCAAGCAGGGUCUGAGUGAACUUCCUGAAAUUUAUGAGUUACACCAAGACAUCCUGGGAGAACUGGAAGAAAGAGUCCCCAGAUGGGAGGAACACCAGAAAGUUGCUGAUGUUUUUCUCUCCAGAAAAUCAAGGCUGGAUCACCACACAGCAUAUAUUAUGCAGUUUGAUAGGAAUUUGGCUUUGCUAGAUGAAACCUGCCUUAAAUAUUCCCAACUGGCUACCAUAAUUCAGGAGUUCGAGCGGGGCGCGGGGGGCGGCCCCCGCCGCGUCAAACACCAGCUGCUGAGCGUGGUGCAGCGUGUCUUCCAGUACCGCGUGCUGCUCACAGAUUACUUGAAUAAUCUUUGCCCUGAUUCUACAGAGUAUGAAGACACACAAGCUGCCUUAUUCGUCAUUUCUGAAAUCACGGACCGAGCCAACGACAGCAUGCUCCAAGCGGAGAACCUGCAGAAGCUGGUGCACAUCGAGCACAGCGUGCGAGGGCAGAGCGGGCUCCUGCAGCCGGGACGGAUUUUUGUUAAAGAGGGAACACUGAUGAAAAUCUCUGGGAAAAACAGGCACCCUCGGCAUUUGUUCUUGAUGAAUGAUGUUCUACUGUACACAUAUCCCCAGAAGGAUGGCAAAUACCGACUGAAAAACACCUUGGCUGUGGCAGGCAUGAAGGUCAGCUGCCCGGUGACAGAAAAAGCCCAGAAUGUCCUGAAGAUUGAAUGUGAUGAAUAUUGCUUGACCCUGUCAGCAAGCUCGUGCUCGGAAAGGGACGACUGGUACAGCUGCCUCAGCAGACACAUCCCAGAUGACCACAAAGCCCACGACACUUCCACUUUCCACAGCAGCGUGGAGCUAAGGGAAAGGCUUGGAAUCCCCCUGGGUGAGAGGCCUCCUACUUUGGUACCCGUGUCCCAUGUCAUGAUGUGCAUGAACUGCGGCUGCGACUUCACGCUCACGCUGAGGCGACACCAUUGCCACGCCUGCGGGAAGAUUGUAUGUCGAAAUUGUUCGAGAAACAAGUACCCCAUGAAGUACCUCAGAGAUCAAGCAGCCAAAGUCUGUGACAGCUGCUAUGUGGAACUAAAGAAAAGAGAGCGGCCGCUAAGCGUGAGCUUCCCUCCAACCUCAUCCAGGUCUCCAAGUAGUGCCUUCUCCGUCUUCCACAAUAUUCAUUAUUCAUCUUUCAAGAAGCAGAAGAAGAUCCCUUCAGCUCUUAUGGAGGUAGCAGCCUCGGGAGAGGGAGCGACCAUCAGCGGCUACCUCAGCAGAUGCAAGGGCGGCAAGAGACACUGGAAGAAACGCUGGUUUGUUAUCAAAGGCAAAGUCCUCUACACCUACAUGGCGAACGAGGACAAAGUUGCCACAGAAAGCUUGCCUUUGCUGGGUUUCACCAUCGCCCCAGAAAAGGAGGAAGGAAGCACGGACACGGUUUUCCAUCUCUACCACAAGCAGACUCUGUUUUACAGCUUCCGAGCGGAGGACAACAGCUCGGCACAGAGGUGGAUUGAAGCCAUGGAAGAAGCGUCCAUAUUAUAGCAGCUAUCACUCAGUGGACUUGGAUCAAAUUCUCAGAUUCUGUACAUCCCCAGCAACGCUCUCCUGUCUUACAAACUGAACAGUGUAUUUCAGGCUACGUACACUCGAUGUGAACUGUUUCCAAAUUGCUCUUUUGCUUCCUUCUUCUUACCUCUGCAUUUUUGCAAAUGGAAACUUUCAAAUAGAGAAUAUUUAUGGUGAUCUUUAUGUCUGUGCAAGUUCAACUUGUACUAUAAGCUUCUCCUCUGAUCCCACAGUAAACUAAGUCUAACAUCAAGACAAGAAAAUACAUGGAAAUACUGACUACAGUAAGUAACAGGAUCAGUUUUACUCACUCUAGAGCACUAUCAUAUUUCAUUGGGUUGGUUUUGAUGUCUACCAUGAAACGAGAAACGAUGUAGUAAACAACAAAUGGUCAUUUAAAGCACUUUAUUAUUUUUAUUGAACCACAGCUUCAUUUCUUUGUGUUUCUAAGGAGUUCUGUGGCCUGAUUUAUUACUCGUCCAUUAACAAGUGCCAGCAUGAAAUCAUGCCCCGUGUAUGCUAAAUUGCUUCCACAGACAAUGAACGAACAACACAUUGAAUUAACCUGGUCUACCAACACUUCACUGGCCAUGGUCCAGGAUAAUUACUUACUAUCAAUUUAUGAUUUUACGCAGACCGCUGCAUAAUUUAUUUUAAAGGGUUUAAUUUCAUCCCACUGCAGUACUUUGAAAUGCACUCGGUAGCUCUGCAAACCCAGAUGCUGAAUACUAUCACUUCUCCCUAAAUACUGCAUCAGACUCAAACCCAAAGGUUAUCUUUAAUUUAUUAUAAACCUACCGACAGUUUGUAUUUAACACUAGUCUACCUAGUAGUGUUAAGGUUUUUACCACCUAUUUAAACAGCCUUUCGCCCGUUGUUUCUCUGUUCCUGUUCCAAAACGUGCCCACGAGCGGGCGGACCCCGGCGGCGCCGCCUGGCCCCGGCCCGGCCCGCGGCUGCGGGGCGCGGUGCCGCUCGGCGCGGUGCCGCUCCGCUCGGCGCGGUGUCGCUCGGCGCGGUGCCGCUCCGCUCGGCGCGGUGUCGCUCGGCACGGUGUCGCUCGGCGCGGUGCCGCUCCGCUCGGCGCGGUGCCGCUCGGCGCGGUGCCGCUCCGCUCGGCGCGGUCAUCUCCGAGCCAGGCUGCGCCGUGGGUGGCUUGGGGUUGGUUUUUAUAUUUUUAGUGGUUUGGAGUUUUUAUAAAGAAGGUUGAGAAGUGGUGUUCUACUCAUUGCAAUAAAAUGAUUUCAUGUCCUAUAUUUGUGAUAAUACUUGACUGAGGAAUCGAAUGGCAUUUAUGAUUAAAAUAUAUCUUUGUAUAAAAAUACCAUGUUCAAGAAUUUACUUACAUGGAAAUGUAUUGGGGGGGAUUUUUAUCACGUUCAUUUUUCCGUUCCUUCCAGAAGCUUAAAGGAUAUCUGAAUCUUUGGCCCUAACAAACUGUUUAGAAUUGUCUGUAUUUUUAAAGGUCUAUUAUAUGUAUCAAAAUUAUAAAGGUAGCUUAAAAAACCCCCGAAAAACAACAAAUACACACCUACCACUAAAUAAAAAUAUAGUUGUUUUGGGGUUUUGUUUGGUGGUGGUUUUUUUGUUUGUUUUGGUUUUGUUUUUUAAUACAUCUGAGUCGGAUAGUUUCAUAAAAUGUAGGUUAUCAUAUGCAAACAAAAACCGAGUAUGAGAAAUGUAAAACUUCUGUACAUUUAGUCCAUGUGUGAACACCAAUGUUAACUCCUUGCUUCAUGUUAGAAUCAUGGCCUUGCUACCCGUACACUUUAAAUGUUUAUCCCCCCUUAGAAAUAUUUUGCACUGACAAAAGAAUAAGACAACGUUGAACAGAGUAAGAUCUCUAACCAUGGCCCAAACAAACCAGAACUGCACUGCAGAAUACCAGUAUUAUGAAGAUUUAGGUGCUGACAUUUACUGAUUCUUGUAUGAAGUUUUCAGUUACAAGCAAGAAAUGAAUACAUGAAAAUAUUUUGUUGUAAAAAAUAAGACACAGUGCUAUUAGACAUUGUUUUAAGUAAUGUGGAAAAAUAAAAGAGCAAAACAUAA